AUGGUUUUAGAUGUGAUGCCACGUGCCUUGUUGACGGCAAUCUUCUUCUUCUUCUUCUUCUUCUUCUUCUUCUUCUUCUUCUUCUUCUUCUUCGUCAUUAUCAUCUUCUUCUUCUUCUUCUUCUUCUUCUUCUUCUUCUAUUUCAAAUCUAUCUAUCUAUCUAUCUAUCUAUCUAUCUUAACCUCUUUAUCUCUCUUCAUAUUCUCUAAUGUCUUUCCUAUCUAUCUAUCUAUCUAUCUAUCUAUCUAUCUAUCUAUCUAUUUAUCUAUCUAUCUAUCUAUCUUGGGCACCUCGAAGCGGUCUACGCUUGGAAAAUCACUAUCUAUCUAUCUAUCUAUCUAUCUAUCUAUCGUGGUGGGGGGGCUCCAAUUAGGUUUUUACAUAUUUCUCGUUUUUAUUUUAUCUUUCGUUACUGGCUCUUUUUUUUUCUUUUCAUUUUUUUUCUCUUUUUUUGCUUUUCUUAUUUUAAUUUAUUUCUUUUGUCUUGUUUCUAUCGAUUUUAAUUCAUUUCUCACAAAAUUUAUUCUUUCUUUUUCUUCUUUUUUCUUUAUUAAUAUCGCUUUCUAUUCAUCUUCUCGCUCUUGUUUUUUCUUUCUUUCUUUCUUUCUUUAUUUCUUUCUUUCUUUCUUUCUUUCUUUCUUUCUUAUCCAUCUUUUUUUCCUUCCUUUUUGUUCCGCCUAUCUUUCUUCAUUUUGA